AAUGGGGAUGGAAGGUAUGGCGGUGACACUGAAAAAGGGAAAAAUCAACAAAUUACGUACGCAAACACAUGUAGAUCCGAGAAAGAAGUUACCUUGUACAGUUGUACUACUUUCUACUACAAGCAUCACAAUCAAUUGUGUCCCAAAUCUCACACACAGCAUUUAAGACAUAGGAACAGGGUGAGAUCCAGAGAAAAAGGAGAAAAAAAAAAAAUCUCUCUCAAUAGUCAGAGAGAGAACGAGAAGGAGCUGACCAUUUGAUUGAGAAAACAAAGAAAAUGGGAUGCUCGUUCUCGGGACUGAAUGCUUUGUACGACGGCGCAAAUGGUGGAGGGGAUGUUUGGAUCAAUGAGAAUCGGUUCAGGAUUCUUAAGCAAUUAGGGGAAGGUGGUUUGGACAAUGUGUUCAUCGUCAAGGAGAUCAUCUCUGACCCUUCUAACCCUAGCUUUUCUAAGAAAUUCAAAGACCCUUCUCUUGUCUCAGAUGAUGGAACUUAUGCCAUGAAGAAAGUUCUUAUUCAGAACAAUGAACAGUUGGAGUUGGUGAAAGAGGAGAUCCGAGUUUCCUCUCUGUUUAGCCAUCCCAAUCUUCUUCCUCUCCUGGAUCAUGCUAUCAUUUCAGUCAAGGCCUCACAAGAUCAGCCCAAGAAGCAUGAGGCAUACUUGUUAUUUCCAGUCCAUUUGGAUGGGACAUUACUGGAUAAUGCCAAAACCAUGAAAGCAAAGAAGGAGUUCUUUUCCACUUCGGAGGUGCUUCAAAUAUUCCGUCAGCUUUGUGCAGGUCUCAAGCAUAUGCACAACUUUGAUCCACCCUAUGCACAUAAUGAUGUCAAACCUGCUAAUGUACUUUUAACGCAUAAGAAAGGACAGACACCUCUUGCAAAAUUAAUGGAUUUUGGAAGUGCACGUCCUGCAAGAAGGCAAAUUCGUUCUCGUUCGGAGGCCCUACAGUUGCAGGAAUGGGCAUCUGAGCAUGUUGCAGCACCUUUCCGCGCGCCUGAAUUCUGGGAUUGCCCAAGCCAAUGUGAUAUUGAUGAAAGAACUGAUAUCUGGUCAUUAGGUUGUACUUUAUUUGCAAUAAUGUAUGGAGUAUCUCCUUUCGAGUAUGCAUUUGAGGAAUCUGAUGAAAGUCCGCAGUUGGCUAUUGUAAAUGCACAAAUAAAGUGGCCAACUGAGCCUAACACUUCAUAUCCCGACGCCCUUCACCAGUUUGUGACAUGGAUGCUUCAGCCUCAAGCUACAGUCCGACCUCGCAUAGAUGAUAUUGUAAUUCAUGUUGACAAAUUGAUCUCUAAGUAUUCCACCCAUUGAGUGAUGGGAAGAGACAUGUUGGAUUAGCUUACAGAUGCUUCAUUCAUCCAUAUAAACAUCUUAGCAUGUUACAGAAUCCACCAUAAGUUACUGUCCUUAUUUUUCAUUUUUUUUCUUCUUGUCAAAAUGUGAUAGAAGGCACAAUAGUUCAUUAUACCGGAGUAAAGAGGUUUUGGCAGUUGUCCUUUUUUUUCUUUCUAAAAAUAAUUAAUGUUGAAUAAUCUGUAUUUUUGUUCCUAUGUCCAAAGGAUUUUUUUCUCACCUUA